CAGAAAGAACGAAAACGGGUCUUGAUUAGCUCGUACAUCGACAUCUCGCCCCGGCGUCGGGGGGAGGGGGGGCAAUAUAAGCGAGGAAGUGAGUGGGUGACAUACACGCGCACGACUUUCUCGAAAAAACGAACGUGUCGAACGGCGAGAAGCCCAGUCAACCGGUCGAUCUGCGGCAACAGCAGUUUUUGCUCCACGACGAGUUCACCAUGAGCAGGAUCUACACGGCCGAGGAGAUCGCCCGCGAGGUUCAAAACGGCUCUCUGUGGAUAGUGAUCCAUAACAGCGUGUACGACCUGACGAAAUUCUACGUACAGCAUCCUGGCGGCGAAGAAGUGCUGUUUGACUUGGCCGGGAAGGACGGGAGCCAAUGUUUCGACAGUGUCGGACAUUCCGAAGAGGCUAUCAUGCUUCGGGAUAUUUACAAGAUCGGAGACCUGGAGGAGGACGCGAGUCUGGAACAACCGGCACCAACGGCUAAACCAGAUAAAAAAUCGGAGCCAGCAGUGACGCAAGACGAAGAUUGGCAGUAUCGCAAAACAGAAGCAAAGGAGAGAUCGUUGAUGCCGCUGGUCGCCACCGUGCUUGCUAUUUACGCGUUUAUAAUUUACUAUGUUUGGUUCUGAGUAAAAGAUCAGACUGCGAUAUGUUCCCCGCCUGAAAUUCACUCGACAGGCGCGAUUAUUUUUAGCGAGACUCUAAAACAUGUACGAUAGAAUGAGAGAUAGAUUACACGAGAUUCCCGUCGAAGGUAAAAACCAGGUUUUUCUAUUUUCUCCAAAGGAACCUAUUAUUCCCGGCGAUUCGAAUUCUCUCCCUCCCCCGCCCUAAAUCGCGCGAAUACGCGCAGUUACUUGAUGAUUUAUUUUUGUAACAGUGACGAUUAAAAAGGCAUUACAAAUCGAG